GCUGGGAGCCGCGGGGCGCCCCUCCCGGUCGCCAUGGCAACCUGCGCGGCCGCGGAGCCGGGCCCGCAGCCGGAAGUGACGCGCGUUCACCUGCCGAGGCGAAGGGGAGGGCGUGUGAGGUGCCGCCGCCGCUGCCGGGAGCCAGUCGCGAGCGCUCGAGGCGCGGAGGGAGCGGUCCCGUAGCGCGAGCCUACCUGCAGCCGCCGCCCACGGACGGGCAGCCACCAUGGCGCUUGUGCUGCUCGUGGUACUCCUGUGCGGAGUGGCGGAUUUCACCAGAAGUUUGAGUAUCAUUAAUCCUGAACAGAUGAUUGAAAAAGCCAAAGGAGAAACUGCCUAUUUGCCAUGCAAGUUUACCCUUAGUCCCGAAGACCAGGGACCACUGGACAUUGAAUGGCUGCUGUCACCAGCUGACAAUCAGAAGCCGGAUCAAGUGAUUAUUUUAUAUUCUGGAGACAAAGUUUAUGUAGACUACUAUCAAGAUCUGAAAGGACGAGUACAUUUUAUUAGUAAUGAUAUCACGUCUGGUGAUGCAUCGAUAAAUGUAACAAAUUUACAGUUAUCAGAUGUUGGCAUUUAUCAGUGCAAAGUGAAAAAAGCUCCUGGUGUUUCAAGUAAGAAGGUUCAACUAACAGUUCUUGUUAAGCCUACAGGUACAAGAUGCUCCAUUGACGGGUCAGAAGAAAUUGGAAAUGACUUUAAAUUAAAAUGUGAACCAAAAGAAGGUUCACUUCCAUUACAAUAUGAAUGGCAAAAACUGUCUGACUCACAGAAAAUGCCCGACUCAUGGUUACCAGAAAUGACUUCACCAGUUAUAUCUGUAAAAAAUGCCACUACUGAGUUGUCCGGGACAUACAGUUGUACAGUCAGAAACCGGGUGGGUUCUGAUCAGUGCCUGCUGCGCCUAGAUGUUGUUCCUCCUUCAAAUAGAGCUGGGACAAUUGCAGGAGCGAUCAUAGGAACUUUGCUUGCUCUGGUGCUCAUUGGUUGUAUCGUCUUUUGCUGUCACAAAAAGCGCAGAGAAGAAAAAUAUGAAAAGGAAGUCCAUCAUGAUAUCAGGGAAGAUGUACCACCUCCCAAGAGUCGUACCUCCACUGCCAGAAGCUACAUUGGCAGCAAUCAUUCAUCCCUGGGAUCCAUGUCUCCUUCUAACAUGGAAGGAUAUUCCAAGACUCAGUAUAACCAAGUCCCAAGUGAAGACUUUGAACGUGCUCCUCAGAGCCCAACUCUCCCACCUGCCAAGGUAGCUGCCCCUAAUCUAAGUCGAAUGGGAGCCGUUCCAGUGAUGAUUCCAGCACAGAGCAAGGAUGGCUCCAUAGUGUAGAACCUCAGUACUUCUCAGCUGUGCUACCUGUAUUACUUUUUUUCUCUUGAUAUAAGAAAACCUAUUCUAGUUGAAAUUUUGUUACCAGCUCCAAAUAUUUGAAAAAAGAUCUCAACCAGAAGUUGUCAGAAAUGCACUUACAAGUUUUAUUCUUUCGAUUUUAUUGAAUCACUAAAGGCAUUCAUUAAAGUUAGUAAAUAGACAUUCUCUAUCUGAAAAACAUGGAUUUUCUUUAGGAGAUUGAUUUUAAAGGUUUCUAAAUAUGAAUGCCCAAGUAACCUGUAGCACUUCAUAUGAAAUCACAGUUGAAGAAAUUUUUGAAUUUUCAUGCAUACAAAGUUGAUACUUGAAUCAUCUUGAAAUGGUACUGUAUAAUUUGUACCAUUAUUUUUAAAAUGUUUGUCUCAUUUAUGAUCCAACAGUCUUCCCUCAAUUAGCAGUAAAGAGACAUCCUUGACAGAAUUACUUACAUAUGUUUAUACUUGUUUUUUAUAGCUACUUUGAAAACUCUAAAUCUAUUUGAAAUAUCUCUCAUAACAUAGAAAACACUAUAGUGUGUUACAAAUUAACUAGUUUUCUAUUCAAGUUAUUCAUUAACCUUAUACAAUAUUUCUUAAAUAUUUCAUAGACUGUUACGGACAACAGGGACAUAAUAAGCUCUUUGAUUUGCUAAAGUAAAGGAGCGUCUGUCACAUUCAGUUAGAACUCUGCUGUCAGUUCCAAGUCCAGCUUUCUCUAUAGGUGCUGUAGUAGGGUUGGAUUUCUGUUGAUUAGCAGUCUGAUGCCCUGGGGCUUGUGAUACUCUUCUGAACAGUGACUGCCAGAUCAAAGAUGUUUUUCACAGUUCUACAUAAACACUGGCUCUGUACCUUUGGUGAAAUUUUUCUCAUAAGAAAUUACAACUUAAGUCUUCUCUUAUUUGAUGACUGUGGAUUGAAAUUUCCUAAUUGGUCCUAAGCAUUAGCUUUUUAAAAAAAUUGAAUUUGGGUUUUAUUUGGAUAGUGUUGUAUGCUAUAUUUUACAGACACUUGUGAUUCUAAAUUUACCCUCUUGAAUGCAGUUCCUGGAGAGCAGUUUCAUCAUAGACUCGGAAUGAUCAAGUGCAUUUUAAGCAAUUAAGUGUCCUCCAUCAAUUUUGUAUUUUAGUUUUGGGGAUGUACAAUUGCUAUUGUAUGGCCAAACAUGUCUGUGUAAUUCUAACAAGUCAAGUGGAGCAUUGAAAGAGUUUGAGUCUUCAUCUGUAAAAGCAAUUUAUUCCUUAAAAAUUAAAAAAACAAAGGAGUAAAGGGAAUACUCCUACUUGCCAAAUGUAUCAGAUAGUACUGUCAGUAGUAGAAGAGAGUGAAUUUAUUGUAUUUCCCUUGAGAUUGUGAGGGAGUGUGGAAAUAGUAAGGAAGAGCCAACAGUAUCUUUAUAGUAUACAAGGUCUGCAAUAAAUUAUUUCACUAGUUCUAAAACCUUUUCCCUAGAUUUUAGUAGGGAGAUGGUUUCUGUUCAUCUCUUUGGGUGCUGUGAUGGUAAAUGCUGCAUUAUAAAUUAAUGUUGGCAUGUAUUAUACGAUUAGGCAGAAUAUUGUGUACACUUUAAUGGUAAAUUUAAGAUGAAUGUGUACUAGAUUAGUGUGUAGUUUACAUACUUGCAAGCUUUUUUUUUUUAAAGUUAAGUUUUAAACCUUACAUAAAAUUACUUUUAUAUUUGUGUUGACAUUUCAUCUGUGCCUUUUGGGUAAUUUACUUUCCAUUAUGAAUUUCUGGUGCCUAUGAGCUAGCUAUCACCUGCUUGAAAGGUGCUUAGAGGUGAAGGUACUGUUUGUAAACAUGCAUCACUGUGACAUCUUUCUAUCCUCACGCUUUCAGUCUGGCCUCUUCCUGUGUGUUGUUUUGGAUGUAACUUAGAUGAUUGUGUUAUUCAUAAAGGUUUUAAAG